AGGCGUCUGAGGAGCUCAGUACCGCGGAGUCUCUCGUUUCUGUUCUUACCUCUCUCAUUUGUGACGUACUCUUAAAAGAUGGCUACUGCUGUACCAGGUCCUUCACCAGCGGCCAAGUUGCCUGCUCGUGUUGGCGGGGCGAACUCAAGUUUCAGGGACAAGAGCAAGCCGAUGGAGGUUAGGCUCAGUAACAUGACUGCAGCCAAAGCCAUCGGCGAUGCUGUACGGACGUCGCUUGGACCAAAGGGCAUGGACAAGAUGAUCCAAACCUCAGGGGGCGAAGUCAUCGUCACGAACGACGGAGCCACCAUCCUCUCACACCUAGCUGUACUCCAUCCCGCGGCAAAGAUGCUCGUCGACCUCUCACACGCACAAGAUAUUGAGGCUGGCGACGGGACGACAUCCGUGGUCGUGCUGUGUGGAUCGUUCCUCAACGCUGCGGAAAAACUGCUCGAGAAGGGCAUCCACCCAACGAUCAUUGCGGAGAGCUUCUUGCGGGCGAGCCAAAAGGCGGUCGAGUACCUAACGGAGAUCUCGACACCGGUGGAUAUGAAAGACCGAAAUUCUCUUCUCCGAGCGGCGGCGACUUCUCUGAAUUCUAAAAUUGUUUCACAAUACUCCUCCAUCCUUUCUCCUAUCGCCGUCUCCGCCGUCACCCGCCUCAUCACCCCCACCUCGUCCAACGUUGAUCUCCGUGAUAUUCGGAUCGUCAAGAAGGUUGGCGGCACCAUUGAGGACACCGAGCUCGUAGAAGGUGUCGUCCUGAACCAGAAUGCGAUCACUUCACAGUCCGGACCCACACGCAUGGAGAAGGCAAAGAUUGGUUUGAUUCAGUUCCAGCUAUCUUCACCCAAACCGGACAUGGACAACCAGAUUGUGGUGAAUGAUUACCGUCAGAUGGACCGUAUCCUCAAGGAGGAGCGGCAGUACAUACUCAAUCUUUGCAAGAAGAUCAAGAAAGCGGGGUGCAACGUUCUCCUCAUCCAGAAGUCGAUCUUGCGUGAUGCAGUGACGGACAUGUCCCUGCAUUUCUUGGCCAAGCUCAAGAUCAUGGUAGUGAAGGAUGUGGAGCGGGACGAGGUUGAGUGGCUCGCCAAGAGCCUGGGAUGCAAGCCUGUGGCAGAUGUGGAGCAGUUCACGGAGGACAAGUUGGGCACUGCGGAUCUUGUGGAAGAAAACGAACACGCCGGUGCCAAGGUUAUCAAGAUUACCGGGAUCAAGGGAGGUGGGAAGACGGUCUCCGUUCUCUGCAUGGGUGCGAACAACGUUGUACUGGAGGAGAGCGAGCGGUCACUACACGAUGCACUCUGCGUGGUGCGUUGCCUGGUCAAGAAGCGCGCUCUGAUCGCGGGUGGAGGCGCACCUGAGAUCCACGUCUCACGACAGCUCGCCCAAUAUGCACAGACCCUCAAAGGCAUGGAAGCCUAUUGCUUCACGGCAUACGCCGAAGCACUCGAGGUCAUUCCCACGACACUGGCGGAGAACGCGGGUCUGAAUCCGAUUGCGAUCGUCACGGAGCUCCGAAACAGGCAUGCUCUCGGAGAGGUUAACGCAGGGAUCAACGUGAGAAAGGGACUGAUCAGCAACAUCCUAGAAGAGGACGUUGUGCAGCCGUUGUUGGUAUCGACGAGUGCGAUCGAGCUGUCAACGGAAACGGCAGCGUUGCUAUUAAAGGUGGACGACUUCCAUCUUACACGGUGAUCAUAUGAUCACUGGCAGAGCUGUAGUGCGGUUACGCAGAGCAAGUCAUUUAAUAUGCGAUUGGG